GUUGGAUGCAAAUUCACACUUCAUCUGCUCCUACCUUGAGUAAGUGCGAAUCAUUCAAGCAUUUAUCUCCACAAGCUAAAGAGGCUCUGUUGAGUUUAAAAAAAAUAAAGAACUUUGGAUUAGAAUAGACUGAUGAUCUGACUAACACUAAGGCAAUCACAACUAAUACUCAUGAUAAUCCCCCUGCUAUAUCGGAAUCUAUGGUAGAUUAGGUAGUAAAACAUUCUUCAUAGAAUGAAUUUAUGGGUUCUUAAAAUUUCUCGUUUAUUUAUAAGUAUUCGAUUGAUAUUAUGCUUAAUAAGCUCCAAAUCAUUAUUGGCAUUUAAGAAUUCGGUAGUUUUAGAUGAUCCAACGCCUGAUUUUUCUGAUGCACUUUCCAGUGAGAGAUAACACAUAAAUGAAACUCUGUAGAGUCAGCAACUCAUUUAAAAAUAGUUAAAAUUAGUUUCAAACUUAUAAGUUAAGCAACCCAAAGAUCUAAUCAAAGAAAAUAAAUGUUUUAUUAGAAAAUUCACCCAAGAUAAAGAAAAUAUGCUUAUUCAAAAUACUAAAAAGAAUUAUUAACUAAAUAGACUAAGUGAUUUAAUAUCGAAAGAAAUUAAAAAAAACAUUUUAACGCCAACAUCAAAUAACAUUCGCAAAACUUCUUACACAAGCUUAAACACUUAGCAUUCAUCAUAGACUAAAUUCAGUUUAUAGACUCAAUAGGAUUAUCUCUAUAAAAAAGCAAUCUGUUUACAAGAAAAACAAAAGACCUUUAUAGAGUAAGGGCAAAUAAUAAACACUACAAAAGAAAUGAAAGAAUGUACAUUCAAUCCAAAGAUUAAUCAAAAAUCGAAGGUUACCAAUUCCAGUAGUUUUUUUGAUAGAUAAAGUACAUGGAUGAGGAAGAAGAAUGACAAAAUUACUUAAUAAGUUUAAAUCUAAAAGGAGAAAACUACUAAAGAGGUAAUUAUUAUAAUUUAAUUAUAGUGCACAUUCAGUCCUAACUUAAGGGAUACCAGUAACAAUAGAAUUGAUAGUUGUGAGAUUUAUUAUAGAAAUCUUCAAUGGGAAAAGAAAUUCAACAAAAAAAAAUAACAUUUUAGAAAUUCAAUGAUGGAUCUUCAAAAAAAUGAUUUAUAAAACAGCACAAGUAAAUUGUAAUUAUAACGAUCGAAUUCUACGUAGAUCAUCAAUCAAUAAACUGAUAUGAAAUAACUGCUCGAAAUUUAACUCAAAGUGGAUGAUGCUCCAUAAUAUCUUAAAUGCAUGACUCCAACUUAUUAAGCUACAGACAAAAUCACAACUCCUAAGUCUUAGAGUGGUUAUUUGGAUCUUGGAAAAAGAAAAAAUAGUAUUGAAUAAAUUGAGCAAAAAUAUAAACUGCUAUAUGAUUUAGUCAAUAAUGUAAACAAAAGCACUUCAAAAAAGAAAAAGUGA